CCUUCCCCUUCGGAUCUCUUCCGCUGCCAACGUUUAGUUCGCUCAGAGAAGCCUUCCAUUUCCAAUCGAUGUCGAACCAGCUGGUUGGGGGGCAGCGAUGGAAGUUCAGAGUUCAUUGUUGGAGAUGCGUCGGGGGCCGUCCAUUUUGGUUUGGGAGGCGCCCUGCGAAUCCAACCGACCUCAUCGGUUUUCCUCUCAGAUGUUGCGUUCGAGUGUUGCCUUUCCAGCUGCGCUUCAUCCUUCUUCUCAUCGCACGGGUUUAGCUCAAAGGGAUUUCUAGGUUUCGUAAAAAAAAGGGAGGAAGAUCGAAGGAAAAAGAACUGGAGCAAUCAAUAUAGGCUGCUCAUCAAUCGGUUGAUGAAGGGAGAACCUCAAAUGGGAGACCUACUCACAUCAAAUCCUGUGAUUGAAUUGGAAGGGGAUGAAUUUUGGCCACUUUCUGGGAAACCCUUUUUUGAUGUGGUUCUCACGAAAACAAAUAUCAAUCACCUGUACCAACUGGUGGUCCCAGGCAAAUUUAGUGCAACACUACCUUCCUGUUCAAUGCCUACGGUUCUCACAUUUCGGGGCAAGAACUGGGAGAUGAUAUAUCAUGGAUCAUCUAGUUAUAAAAGACUUGAUAAUUGGAAAGUAUUUGCCAUUGACAACAAUUUGAAGGUUGGAGAUGCUUGUGUGUUUGAACAAUUGGAGUGCAGCAGUACUAGGCUAGUAUUCAGAGUCCAAAUUCUCAGAGGUGACAUCCCAUCUGAAUUUCUAGACAAGCUCGAUGGUGAUAAUGUAGAUGCACCAAUUGUUCUCGAAUAG